AUGAGUAGAUGUAAAGAUAUUAUAUUGAGAGAACUUAAGAAACUACCGAAUGGUCUAACAUUUGUAGAUUUGUUCGGUGGAAGUUUCUAUAUAUCCCAUUUAUGUCAUACAAUAUUCCCAGACUCAAAGAUUAUAUGCAAUGACUUCGACAACUAUAUGGACCGUCUCAAACAUAUUCCAGACACAAACAAUAUAUUGAAAGAGUUAAAAGAAAAGAUACCUAUAGGUAAGAUGGAACGUAUACCAUUAGAUAAGAAAAAUAUUGUGAGAGAGGUUUUGAAAAAAGCAGAAUAUAUAGACUGGGAUAGUAUAUCUGCUAGACUAUUAUAUAGUGGUGCUAUAAGAGUUCAUGACAUUGAAACACUUAUGUCAAAAGUUUUAUAUCUUAACUAUACAAAUGUUUUCAAAGAGGACAUAGAAAAAUAUAUUGAGGGUAUAGAGUUUGUGAGAUGUCAUUGA